CAAUACAGCCUUUACCCACUGGAAAUAGACCCUCCCACAGAGAGAGAGAGAGGGGUUUGGGUGUUGGAUCUCAUAUUCUAAGAUAUAUUAGAGAGUAAUGGGUAUGGAGGAGGAGACUAGCAGUGCUAGCAUUGAGGGUGGUGCUUCGCUACCUUCGGGUCCUGACGCAAAAAAACGCAGGGUCACCUACUUUUACGAACCCACAAUCGGCGAUUACUACUAUGGUCAAGGUCACCCUAUGAAACCCCACCGUGUACGCAUGGCACACAACCUCAUCGUCCACUACUCCCUCCACCGUCGAAUGGAGAUCAACCGCCCCUUCCCCGCCGCCCCCGAAGACAUUCGCCGAUUCCACUCCGACGACUACGUCGACUUCCUCUCCUCCGUCUCCCCUGAGACCCUCACCGAGACCACCUACUCCCGCCAGCUCAAGCGCUUCAACGUCGGCGAGGACUGUCCCAUCUUUGACGGCCUCUUCAAUUUCUGCCAGGCCUCCGCUGGCGGCUCCAUCGGCGCCGCCGUCAAGCUUAACCGUGGAGACGCCGACAUCGCCAUCAAUUGGGCUGGUGGUUUGCACCAUGCUAAGAAGUCUGAAGCUUCUGGCUUCUGUUACGUCAACGACAUUGUUCUCGGUAUCCUCGAACUUCUCAAAGUUCACAGGCGUGUGCUGUAUGUCGACAUUGAUGUUCACCAUGGUGAUGGUGUUGAGGAGGCCUUUUACACAACUGAUAGAGUGAUGACGGUGUCUUUUCACAAGUUUGGUGACUUUUUCCCGGGCACUGGACACAUUAAAGAUGUUGGGGUGGGCUCAGGAAAAAAUUAUGCUGUCAAUGUCCCAUUAAAUGAUGGAAUGGAUGAUGAGAGUUUCCGUGGUCUGUUCCGAACCAUCAUUCAAAAAGUCAUGGAGGUUUAUCAACCUGAUGCAGUUGUUCUUCAAUGUGGAGCUGAUUCGUUGUCUGGUGACAGGUUGGGUUGCUUCAACUUGUCUGUGAAAGGUCAUGCAGAUUGCCUUCGUUUCCUUAGAUCUUUCAAUGUUCCCCUAUUGCUCUUGGGGGGCGGAGGAUAUACUAUUCGGAAUGUUGCUCGUUGUUGGUGUUAUGAGACAGCAGUGGCAGUAGGAGUGGAGCCUGAUAAUAAGUUGCCUUAUAAUGAAUAUUAUGAGUAUUUUGGCCCAGAUUAUACUCUCUGUGUAGAUCCAAGCAACAUGGAGAAUCUAAACACACCGAAGGAUAUGGAAAAAAUAAGGAACACACUACUAGAACAGAUUUCCCGACUUCCCCAUGCUCCCAGUGCACCUUUCCAGGCAACACCAUCAACCUUGGAAGUUCCAGAACAGGCUGAAGAGGACAUGGAUAAAAGACCGAAACGUCGUAAAUGGAAUGGUGAAGAUUAUGAUUCUGAUUAUGAUGAAGAUGAAAAGACUAUUUCUAAAUUCCCAAAAUUAACUGUCCAUAUGAGGGAUGUCGCAGAUGACAUGGAAGAAGAGAAGCCAAAAGUGCAUCCAUCAUCUUGACGCUGAUAGAACAGAGCAAGUUCUUGCACAGCAUGCUUUUAUUGUAAUAUUCAACGUGAAUUUUUCUGUUUGUGGGGGAGGUCAUACCUUCGAGUUAUAUAAUAGGAUUUUAUAAGAGUUAUGUUGUAGGAAAAGUGAUUGUGUAAUGUUAUAGAGAUUCGUUUUGCGUACCAUAAUUUAUUUUUUUUCUUUUUUCUUCAAAAAGUGUGGGCUCCAUAAAAUGUUGUUUGUGUAGGAAAGUUUGUUGUGUCAUGACUCAUGUUAAAUGACAAAUGUAAACUCCUAUAUAAUAUUACAUAAACAACUCUUGA